AUGUACUCGAUGCCCAACGGAGAGCAGGAGCAGGAGGGAGAGGUGAGCGGAGGCGAGAGCGGUGACUGGCAAUCUGAUGGGGGAGAAGACAAGGAGAGUGAAGACUCAAGCAAUGGCGAGGAAGUCGAGUCUCCACCUUGCUCGGAAAGACGCUCCAAGCAGAGGCAAGACCCAGUGAGUGUUCGUGGCAAGGCGACUGCUCCGACUGGUCAGACCUCUAAGCGCACUCAAACAUCUUCUCAUGUGCCGACUGAGAAAGCUCCGAAGCAGCCCAAAGUCGCACCGUCAAAGCCCCGGAAGGCCUUGCCCAAGAUCAAAGUUGCCGUCCCAAUUGCUUCUGGUGCUGCUACCUCUAUGACUUCUGUUUACAAAGAUGAUGAUGACGAGGAUAUGGAAGACGUAGUCACCUCCAACGCGGCUCCGCCCAAUGUUAUUGAACUUCCAGACGACGACGAAGAUGUGCCACUGAGGCCCACGGGAAGGAGGAGCAGGACUUCGGGCCGGAAAGCAUCAACUAGCAAGACGCCCCAGUCGACGCCGGCGACGGAACCAGUGAUUCAGCAGUCCGGAUACCUCAACCGGUCUUCAGUUACCUUUGCUGUUCCAUUGUCGAGUGCACAGUCUUCAGCGUCGACCGCACAUGCUCCUGUUUCGUCUGUGCAACCCCAUGUCUCAGAUUCUCGAGCUGCUGCAGCUGAUCCGCCGUCUUCACUUUUCACCACCCAUUACGUCCCAGAGGACCAAAAAUCUUGUGAACUUGGAGCUCGGUUUGCUGACUUGGAGCAGAAGCAGAUCCAGCUCAAUCUUGAUCUGGAGUUGGCCAAGACGAAUUUGCAGAAGGCUAAGGAUGAUGCUGCUGAAACAAUGAGACAUGCUUUGGAGAAGAAGGACUCUAACCUUGCGGCGGCACAGAAAACAACAGAAGAAAAAACGGCAUUCGCUGACCAGAAGCUGGCCUCAGUCGGAAAGUUGGAGGAAGAGAACUCCAAGCUGAAGACUGCUCUUGAUGAAGCCAACAAAGAGGUGACUCGACUGAAGAAGGAUAAAGGGACCCUGAGCGACAAGGUGGAAGACAUCACCCGCAAGAGAGACGAGCUAGAGACUUAUCUGGGAGGACUCACCAAGAAGUUAUUCCUCAUGCUUGAAGAAUUCUGUCAAAACUUUGAGGAAGAAACUAGGCGAAUCGAGACAAGCUUGAACCCCAUCAAUUCUCCUAUUAAAGAUGAAGCUGCCAUGAAUGUUGCAGUGUCACGGAUCGACGCGGCGCUUCGGCCAAGGGAGACGCUCCAAAAUGACCUCGAGUCUUUGAUGACUCGACUCAAUGAGAUCCCUGGUCGAGUGCAGGAAUGGAAGAAAUCGUCUGCUCGGUGCAGUGCUGACGUAGCUCUAUCUCUUGUUCGCGUCCGUUGCAAGGAGGCCAAAGAAGAAAAGUUAGCUGCGAUCAAGGUUGCCAACACCAAGAGACUUGACUUCCAGUCUUUCAUGGAGACCUUCAUUGCUGCUGCUACUCGUAUUGCAGAUGGAAUCGACCUGGAUGAGUUCGUCGAACCUGCCAGCCCUCCUCCUGCGGAGUGA